AUGCUGCGCAUCGCAACUGUCGCCGUUUUACUAGAAACUGCCCUCUCCCAGCAACUAAACCUGCAAACUAACUACAGCGGGUCAAGUUUUUUCGACCAAUGGAUAUUCAAAACGGGCAAUGAUGCCACGGAUUUCUAUGGUUUGCCUGGGAAUCAAGGAAAUGUUAACUGGACAGAUCAAGCCUUUGCAGCCGCACAAAAUUUGACUUCAGUCAACGCAGCGGGGAACGUUGUAAUCAAAGUUGACGACACCACGAGUGCCCAACCUGGAGGCACGUUCGGCAGGAACUCUGUACAACUAUUGAGCAAGACUCAAGUCCUUCCCGGUAGCUUGAUUAUACUGGACGCCAUGCACAUUCCCUUCGGAUGCUCAGUUUGGCCAGCGUUCUGGACUACGGGCGGUGCUACCUGGCCUAACACCGGAGAGAUUGAUAUCGUGGAGAACGUCAACCUUUCACCUCACAACCAAUAUGCUUUGCACACCGUAGAUGGAUGCACACACCCUACUGAUGGUGUGGAGGAGACGGGCAACCUCGUCAGCCCCAACUGCUUCAUCAACGCAACCGGCCAGGCGACGAACGAAGGGUGUCUGAUUGCUGAUACGAGCGACAACUCGUUUGGCCAGGGCUUUGCGACUAAUGGCGGUGGAGCCUUCGCGACGCUGUGGAAUGAUGACGGUAUUAAGAUCUGGUUCUUCCCGCGUAGCUCUAUUCCUUCGGAUGCCCUUUCGGCCAAUCCUAACCCAUCGAAUUGGCCCACGCCCACGGCUUUCUAUCCCAGCUCGACUUGCAACCCGGCCCAGUUCUUCGGCCCUCAGACUAUUAUUCUUGUUGAGUCUCUUUUGUCAUUUAGUGUUUUGGGACGUCCCUUCUCACAGGCCGUGCCUUUGAUUUUAUAUAUAGGAAACGAACGCGGUGCUGGUACCUUUCAAGCAACGUGCCCGAACAUGGGUAACUGUGUAGACCUCGUUACCGUACCCUCAAACUAUGUGAACGCAUUCUGGGAGAUCCGGUCGAUUACUGUCUUCUCAAAUGCUACAUCUCCCUCAAAUAAUUCUGGUCCUAGCUCUGGAUCUGGCGCAGGCUCAGGCAACUCCUCAAAUCCAGGAGGCGACAAUACGACACAAUCCUCUUCUUUGAUUAAUACUCCAGUUGCUUCCUGGAACUUACUCGCCGGCAUGGUUCUAGUGUCUGGGCUUACCCUACUAUCAUUUUAG